GCUGGGGGCCGACCCUGGCAACUCUGUGGUGUUUGGCUGUGCCUUGCUGCGACUCAGGGCCCGCGUGGGCAGUGGGGGAGCCGCGGUUGGAGUGGGAGGGGGAGUCCGCUCCCGAGAGGUGGAAGAGGACGGGCUCACGCUGGGAGCGCCUUAGAGGAGCCGUUUUCCAGGAUGGCUGAUUUGGUUUUUUGUGAGCCAACAGAACUUUACAACAUCUUGAAUCAGGUUACAAAACUGUCCAGAUUAACUGAACCCAACUAUCUCUGUUUAUUGGAUGUUCGUUCCAAAAGGGAGUACGAUGAGAGUCAUGUGAUCACAGCCCUUCGUGUGAAGAAGAAGGAUAAAGACUACCUCAUCCCUGAGUCCGUAGACCUGGAGUGUGUGAGAUACUGUGUGGUGUAUGACAGCAACACCAGCACCCUGGAGAUGACCUUAGUCUACAAUGAAAACGAGGAUGAUAAUGACUUUGACAAUUCUGGCCCAGAACUGGCGCUCGGACCUGCUGUGGAGUGUGGCAAAUGGCUGAGCAACUUCACCCGCAAUCCUGUGCAUAUCCUGAAAGGGGGCUACCAGCGCUUCUCAGGCCUGUACCACUUCUUUAGGACCCAGAAGAUCAUCUGGAUGCCCCAGGAACUAGAUGCAUUUCAGCCGUAUCCUGUUGAAAUAAUUCCUGGAAAGGUCUUUCUGGGAAAUUUCAGUCAAGCCUGUGACCCUCAAGUGCAGAAGGAUUUGAAAAUCAAAGCACAUAUCAAUGUCUCCAUGGAGAUGGGACCCUUUUUUGCAGGUGACUCUGACAACCUUCUGCACAUCCAGAUAGAAGAUACCCCAGACGUCAAGAUUAUUCCCUUUUUACGUCACCUCUGUCACUUCCUUGAAAUUCACCUGGAGCUUGGCUCUGUUGUUCUGGUCUUUUCUACCCGGGGCAUCAGUCGCAGUUGUGCGGUAAUUGUGGCCUUCCUCAUGCACUGGAGAGAGGAGACCUUGCAGAGGUCCUGGGCCUAUGUCAAGAAGUGCAAAAAUAACAUGCGUCCAAAUUGGGGAUUGGUGACUCAGCUGUCGGAGUGGGAGAAGAUUGUCCUUGGAGACACUGUCACAGACAUCUUCAAUCCACCGUACUAAUCUCUGAGGCCCAGAGAUGGGCGCUGAAGAACCUUCCUUGGGACCUUUGUGGGCAGAGGGCAAGCAUGUGUACCCAGGUUGGUGUGGAAAGAAAAGGCCUGUGCUGCCUGCAGCCUCA